AUGAAUAAUUCAUUCAAUGUGAGUGAGGAAGUUGAAGAACAAGAUAACAAUGUUGAAUUUAAUGAGAGUGGUGAAGUUGAAGAACCGAAGAAGGGGAUGUAUUUUAUCUUAAAGCAAGAAAUAUACGCAUAUUACGCAAAAUAUACGAAACAACUUGGAUUUGCUAUAGCUUAUAGAACACAAAAAGUAACAAGGGAUGGGGAAGUAAAGUACAUUGGAAUUGAAUAUUGUAAAGAAAGGGUUAAAGCCACUCUACAAAAAGAUGGAAGAUAUAAGUUAACCAUAGCUGCGCUUGAGCACACUCAUGAUUUGAUUCCGACUGACUCACGACAUUUUCCAAUGAAUAAGAGGAUUCUUACUCCGGUGAAGAGGAGACUAGAAGUUAACGAUGCAGCAGGGAUUGGGGUUGCUAGGAAUUUUCAUUCCAUAGUUGUUGAAGCGGGGGGAUAUAAGGCAUUAAUGUUUGAUGAACAAGAUGCAAGGAAUUAUAUUCAGAAUGCUAGAAGAUUGAGACUUGGGGUAGGAGACGCCGAAUCAAUUACAUUUUAUUUUCAUAAAAUGCGAGAAGAAAAUUCGAACUUCUAUUCGACAAUUGACCUUGAUGAAGAUGGUUGCAUGCGAAACUUGUUUUGGGCACAUGCAAGAAGUAGGGCGGGUUAUAAAGCAUUUGGGGAUGUUGUCUCUUUUGACACAACCUAUUUGACAAACAAAUAUGAUAUGCUGUUUGCUCUAUUUGUAGGAGUUAAUCACCAUGGACAGUCAAUUUUGUUUGGUUGUGGGUUGCUAAGUAAUGAGAACACAAAGAUAUUUGUUUGGCUAUUCAAAGAAUGGUUAAGUUGCAUGUCAGAUACUUCCCCAAAAGCGAUAAUAACUGACCAGUGCAGAACUAUGCAAAAUGCCAUAGAAAUUGUCUUCCCAUAG